UGCAGCUGCCGCCACUGCUCAGCUCCGUGAGCAGGGAGCUGGCGGCUCGGAGACGGUGACUCAGAGGCGGAGCGGUGCGCGGGCCAGGGAGCACUGGUGUCCAUGGACCCUGGGGGAAUCCUCCAGAGAAAGCACCUGGAAGUGUUUCCUGGAGCUGGGGAAUGUGGCCCCCUCAGGACAAGGUGACAUCUUUCCCCUUCCACUCUUCUCUACGUCCUCAGCAGGGAGUGGCCACUCCCUUCCCCAUGGACUUCCAAGAGCGGGACCCUCCCUCCCUGGCUGAGAGCACACAGUCCGCAAAGCCCAGCAGUGCCCAGCAGGCCUCCGAGCUGUGGGAGGUAGUGGAGGAGCCUCGGGGCCGGCUGGGGGCAGAGGGUAUCAUGCCCGAGAGGCAGGAAGGCCACCUGCUCAAGAAGAGGAAGUGGCCUCUGAAGGGCUGGCACAAGAGAUACUUUGUGCUCGAGGAUGGGAUCCUUCACUAUGCAACGACUCGGCAAGAUAUCACCAAGGGGAAGCUCCAUGGCUCCAUUGAUGUCCGACUGUCGGUCAUGUCCAUCAACAAAAAGGCCCAGCGCAUUGACCUUGACACUGAAGACAACAUCUACCACCUCAAGAUCAAAUCCCAGGACCUGUUCCAGAGCUGGGUGGCUCAGCUGCGUGCCCACCGCCUGGCCCAGCACCUGGAUGUGCCCCGAAGCCUGCUGCCCAGCACCACUCACAGGAAGGUUCCUGGUGCCCAGCUUCCGGCAGCGGGUAGUGCCUCGGCUCUGCCAGGGGUUGGACCUCGGGAGAAGGUGUCUUCCUGGCUGAGGGACAGUGAUGGGUUAGACCGCUGCUCUCAUGAGCUCUCUGAGUGUCAGGGGAAGCUCCAGGAACUCCACAGACUCCUCCAGAGCCUGGAGUCCCUGCCCCGGACCCCCUCAGCCCCUGUUAUCCCCACACACCAGGCCUCGGUGACGACCGAGAGACCCAAGAAGGGGAAGCGGACCAGCCGCAUAUGGUGCACACAGAGCUUUGCCAAGGACGACACCAUCGGGCGGGUGGGUCGUCUCCACGGCUCUGUUCCCAACUUGUCUCGCUACCUGGAGUCCCGGGACCCCUCGGGCCCCCGCGGGCUGCCAACCCCAGACUAUGCCCACCUGCAGCGCAGUUUCUGGGCCCUGGCUCAGAAGGUGCACAGCUCGCUCAGCAGUGUCCUGGCCGCCCUCACCACUGAACGGGACCGACUGAGGGACCUGCACCAGGGAUCGGAGCCAUCCAGGCUGGGGGUCUCUGAGGCCGCAGCCGGCCCGAGGCGCCUCCACUCGCUGUCCGUGUCCUCCGACACCACUGCAGACUCCUUCAGCUCCCUCAACCCCGAGGAGCAAGAAGCUCUGUACAUGAAGGGGCGAGAGCUGACCCCUCAGCUGUCCCAGAGCAGCGUCCUUUCCCUCGCUGAUUCCCACACAGAGUUCUUUGAUGCCUGUGAGGUUCUCCUCUCUGCCAGCUCUUCUGAGAAUGAGGGCUCAGAGGAGGAGGAGUCAUGCGCCAGUGAAGUCACCACCAGCCUGUCCGAGGAGGUGCUGGACCUCAGGGGAGCUGAGCGCUGUCAGAAAGGAGGAGCUGUGGGACCACCCCGCCGCCGAUGCCUACCUGCGGCCAGUGGGCCCGGGGCCGACGUGAGCCUGUGGAACAUCCUGCGGAACAACAUCGGCAAGGACCUGUCCAAGGUGUCGAUGCCCGUGCAGCUCAACGAGCCACUCAACACCCUGCAGCGGCUCUGCGAGGAGCUGGAGUACAGCGGCCUUCUGGACCAGGCCAGCCAUACCACCGACCCCUGCGAGCGCAUGGUGUACAUCGCAGCCUUCGCAGUGUCAGCCUACUGCUCCACGUACCACCGGGCGGGCUGCAAGCCCUUCAACCCUGUCCUGGGGGAGACCUACGAGUGCGAGCGGCCUGACCGAGGUUUCCGCUUCAUCAGUGAGCAGGUCUCCCACCACCCCCCCAUCUCGGCGUGCCAUGCGGAGUCUGAGAACUUCAUAUUCUGGCAAGACAUGAAGUGGAAGAACAAGUUCUGGGGCAAAUCCCUGGAGAUUGUGCCUGUGGGGAUGGUCAAUGUGAGCCUGCCCAGGUUUGGGGACCACUUUGAGUGGAACAAGGUGACGUCCUGCAUCCACAACAUCCUGAGUGGCCAGCGCUGGAUUGAGCACUACGGAGAGGUGCUCAUCCGGAACACGCAGGACAGCUCCUGCCACUGCAAGAUCACCUUCUGCAAGGCCAAGUACUGGAGCUCCAACGUCCAUGAGGUGCAGGGUGCCGUGUUCAGCCGGAGCGGCCGCGUCCUCCACCGACUCUUCGGGAAGUGGCCCGAGGGGCUGUACCGGGGACCCCCGCCGGGCGGUCAGUGCAUCUGGAAGCCCAACUCAAUGCCCCCAAACUAUGAGCGAAACUUCGGCUUCACUCAGUUUGCUUUGGAGCUGAAUGAGCUGACGGCAGAGCUGAAGCGGUCCCUGCCUUCCACAGACACGCGGCUCCGGCCAGACCAGAGGUACCUGGAGGAGGGGAACAUACAGGCCGCCGAGGCCCAGAAGAGAAGGAUUGAGCAGCUUCAGCGAGACAGGCGCAAAGUGAUGGAGGAGAACAACAUCGUCCACCAGGCUCGCUUCUUCAGGCGGCAGACAGACAGCAGCGGGAAGGAGUGGUGGGUGACUAACAACACGUACUGGCGGCUGCGGGCCGAGCCGGGCUACGGGAACCUGGACGGGGCCGUGCUCUGGUAGCCCAGGUCCCAGGGGCAGGAGGCCCCGGUCCCCCCCUCCUGCCCCCACCCCCCCACGGACACAUGGGCGAGGCCAGGCUCUCCCACUCACUGCCCUGGAGGCCAAAGGGGAAGCCCUGGCUCUGGCCCUCUCCCCUCUGCCGGCCAGAGGGGCUGCAUCUCAGCCCAUCACCCACCCCUUGUCUGGGGUGGGAAGCAGGAUUCGUGCUUCCCCAGUCUUGUUGCCCCAGACAACCAGCAUGUAAGACCCUCCUUGCUCUGUCACCCACCUUCCUUACCCCCUGGGGUACUUGGGGGAGACUCCAGGCCCUCCAGGAUCUGUUCCCCAUUUCAGUGCCUUCCUAGGACACAGGGGACCCCUCGACGUUCCCCAGGAUUCCUAUGCCCAGGACUCUGGCCCCAGCUGUGAGGUUGGAGUGAGUGAAGGAGAGGGGACGGCCUUUUCUCCCACCCCCGUCCCUCCCAUGCCCCAUCUCCAGCAUCUUCUCCCCAUGCCCUGGCCCAGAGGGGCUCCCUUUGCUUGGCCCUGGCAAUUUCUCCUAUCUUCCUGGAUCCCCUUCUCCCAAACUGCAAAACGCCUGCAGCUGCCAGCUCCUUCGUCCCUGGUCCUCAAGUGGUUUCCUUCAGUCUCAGCUCAGUGGAUCCCCCAGAGCAGACAGGGCAGGAAGGGCGCCUGGCCUCUGACCCACCCAGAGUGAGCGAGCACUCAUGAGAGUGUUGGUUUGUGUAGAAGAGUGUGUGCGUGUGCCUGUGUACUGCUUGCGGGCGAGCAGGAUUCCUCAUGUAGGCCGGAUGUCCCCUGCCGGGGGUCCGCCACCAUUGCUGCUCAUUUUACCAGUCUGCCUCUGAUUAAGGUGAAUUGCUAUGACAUUCCAAACUCCAGUAAAGACU